AUAUCAAAAGAAAACCACAUUCUUAUAUUCUAUAAUUACAACCACCAAUUUUUUAAUUUUUUUUCUACCUUUCAGAACUACUUUGGAUCAUGAGUCGCGAACGCAAACCCUCGGCUGAAGCUGUCAGUGCAGCGAAGAAAAUCAUGGACGAUAAUAAUUUGGCACAAUCAUUCCUGCUGAUCGCUGAUCAGGAGAAUUGUCCCGAUGUGGCUUCCAGCUAUGGCACGACCAUCAGUUUCGGCGAUGACACCAACAAUAAAAACAACAAUGCUAAUAAAAUUAACAAAGCCGAUGGCAAUGCCAUAGAUGAUAGUGUAAUUUUGAAAAGGAUUGCUGCCGCAGCCACAAGCACCGCUAAUCCGACUACAGCCGAGUUUGAACUUUUGGACACAACAGCAGAGAGCGCAGCUAAUGUCAUUGAAUUAGCAUGAGAGUUGUUUAGGCGCAUUUGGCAACGCAUUAUGGAUAUAUUGUCGUGGUUUUUUGCUUUGCCGUGAAUGAGCUUGAGCUUGAGCUUUAAAUAUAUACUAUUUACAUA